CUCAUCAAAACAAAGCCUCCGUCUUGAACGAGACUCUCACAUAUAUAAGCUCGUUGAUCAGAGAGCUUGCAAAUCCAAUGCGACAGACAUUGUUCUGCAGUUGAAUAGAGAGAUACAGCCCACUCGCUUUGAACAAGCGAUGCAAGAAUUGACAUUUUAAAGUGGUGCGUUUUGAGACAUAAGGAAUGGGGGUGUUUUUCAUCGAAUUUCUUCGAUCGCUUAAGAAGCCGACGAAAUACAUGCUAGGACGAACUUUAUUAUUUUUCGUCUAUCUCGUCUUUGGCGCGCUGGUAUUUCAGGCCAUCGAGUCUGGGGCUGAGAGCGGCCGUAAAGAGCAACUGGAGUCGAUAAAACAGAAAGUUGCUAGAAAAUAUGGCAUAAGUGAUACAGAUUUAAAGUUACUCAUAGAUGAAAUUGAAAUGGCUGUUGACGGCGGUUACUUGAAGGCAGACUACGAUCGAUGGAACUUUGCUGGCUCCUUGCUCUUCACCAGUACAAUUGUUACAACAAUAGGCUACGGUCACAUGACACCCAUAACCACCUGGGGUCGUACAUUCUGCAUUGUCUAUGCGUUGUUAGGAAUUCCAAUAGCUGGGCUCAUGCUAAAAUCCAUCGGCGAGAAGGUGGCGGAGAUAUUACCCGAGGUGAUCACGAGCGUGGAAAAACGACUUCUACGGAGAGAAGAGCCUGUGAACAUUCAGUUCAAGACGACACUCAUUGUAUUCGCCAUCAUGGCCCUGUUACUGUUAACCUUGGCAGCGUUUGCGCAUGCCUAUGAAGGAUGGACAUUUUUCGAGGGUUUCUACUUUGCUUUUAUCACUCUCUCCACGAUCGGCUUCGGAGACUUCGUUCCACUUCAUCCAGCGGAUACAAGCAAGCAUAACGGACUUCACACGGUGUUGUUCACAGUGUUGACAUUCGUGUACAUCACCGUUGGCCUGGCAAUAGUCUCCAGUGCCCUACUGUCGAUCAGCAGGUUGUUCGAAUGCAAAGAGCCAGUGGAAUUUAUGAAGAUACCAUGUUCCGAAUCGGAUGAGAGUUUAAUUUUGAGCAAAAGUGAACAUGACAAGUCGGAAACACCUUGAAAAAUCUUAAACAAACGUCGUAAUGGAAGUUUAAUAAACAACACGGUCAACACCCGUCGUAUCUUCUUCGCGGAUUAAGUGAACUUUCUUUCUAAAUUAUAUCACUCAGACAACUCUGAAGGAUACGAAUGUUACGAAUGUUUCUAUGAACUUUAAAAAUGCCUGAAUUUAGGACGAGGCGUCGCAGGUUAACUGGUUUGCCGAAUUCUACCAAGUUUCAAGCAAAACAAAAUGCAAAACUCAUGAAAAUUAUGACCUUAACUUUAAAAUAUCGUCUCCAAAAGUAUUCACCUAAUUUCGAACAUUCGCUGUAAACGAACAUUCGCUGUGAACAAAUUUGAUCAAAACUCAUUCUAAAAAGUGACGUUGAAGUGCGAAACUGUACCAAUUGAUUCUUAUCAUUGGCGAUGGUAGUUGUUAGUGUUCUUCUCUAAUUUGUUAUUUAUUUAAUUAUCAAGAUCUCCUAGUCGGUAUCUCCCUGAAAAGGAACUACGGUCGGUGACGGAAACUUACUAGUUCUUCAUUUCUUGUUUGUUAAACUUCCUAAGGACUAAGCCGAGUGUGUGUUGAAUGAAAUUAAGAUAAAUUUAUUGCUGUGCAAUUACU